AUGGAAAUGAUUAAUCGUUUUAAUAUAACACAUGAAAAUGAGAAAAAUAUAGACGACUAUCUAAUCAUUAAUGGAAAAUUAAAUAUAUUGAUUGAUUAUUUGAUAAAGCACAGUCAUAUAAAUUAUAAAAAAGUUAUUUUCUUGUUAGUUAAUAAUAUAUAUGAAUCUUAUAUUUGUUUAGAACAAAACAAGAAAUAUGAAGAAAAUGUAGAAGAAAAAUGUACAUAUAGAAAUGAACAAAAAAAAAAAUAUAUCACUAAAAUAUACAACAUAAAAAGAAAAUCACGUUUAGAAUUUAAUUUCUUAAAAAAAAAGAGAAUAUAUAAAAUACUUAAAAGUGAUUAUCUAAAAAUAAAUCAUUUACAAAAAAAAAAAAAUAUAGACAAUUUAAAAUGGAAAAAAAUAUGUACUAUGAAAAAUAUAAAAAAAAAAAUUUUGAAUAAUAAGGAAAAAACGUUAAAAAAAAAAUUGUAUUUAAUUUUGUUUAAGGGAAAUAAAAAUAUGAGUGAGUUCGAAAAAAAUUUUAAAUGGAAACAAAAUUUUUAUAUUUAUUAUAAAAUUAUAUUUUCAGAAAAAAUGAAAAUUUUAUUUUUAAGAUUACUUACAUUCUCAUUAAAUUACAUUCAUUCAAAAUUAAAUAAACAUUUUCAAAUUUUCUUUUCAAUUUUUAAAAACAGUUAUGAACAAAAAUGGAUAACAUCCUUAUUUUCGCAAAAAUAUUUCAUUUUUUUUAGUCGUAAAGACAAUAAUUACAAAAAAAAUUUGUUACUAUUUUUUUAUAUUAUAAAAGAAUAUAUCUCUAGUUUGAUCAGUAUAAAAAUUAAUAAAAAGAAAAAAUUAAAGAACCAUUUCCUUGAUAAGUGUAUUUUAGAAUUAAAUAAUUUCAAUAUAUUAUUUGAUAUAAUUCAGAAAAAUAAAAUUUUUUUAUAUAUAUUAAAACAAUUUUUCUUUUUAGUUUCUAGUUUUUAUAAAAAAUUCAUAAAUACAAGUAGGUGGAACAACAAAAAUUAUCUUGAUAAUUAUACAUAUUCAAGAGAAAAAGAAUUUUUUAUUAUUAAUUAUAAUUCAAGCAUUAUUACGAUAAUAAAUCUGUUGUAUAAAAUUCUAAAUGAAUCAACAGAAAAAAAUGCAUUUUAUAAAGGAGUAUUAAAUUUUCAGAAAUUUCAAGUUAGUAAUUUUCCAGAAUUUAAAAAUUUAUUAAAACUGCAUAUGAAUGAAGUUAAUAUUACAAUAUUGUUAACAUUUUUGGAUAUAAUUAAUAAUUUAAGUAAUGUUGUUUUAAUGAAUUCAUUAAUCAUAGAUGAAAACUUUUUUUUAGUGUUUUAUAUAUAUAUUUACAGAAGACAUUUUCUUCCUAACAAAUUAUUGUUGUUUAGUAUUUUAAAUAUAAAUAGAAAACUUUCAAAAAAAUAUAAAGAAAGUAAUAAUUUUACUUUUUUAAAGAAAAGCUUUACAUUUUUUAUUUUUUUUGUGAAAUUGAUAACUUAUAACGAAAAUAUUAUUGAAUAUAUUUUUAAUAAUAGAACAAUACAUGUUACUAUUAUCCAUAAUAUUUUUUUAAAUGAAGAAAAUGAAGUUUUCAAUUUUUUUAAAAAUUAUAUCAUUUAUAAUUCAAAUUUUCAAAUUACAAAUCAUAUUUUACGUAUGAAAGAAAUUCAUAAAAUGCAGGAACAUUUUACCCAAAAUAACAUAAAAAAUAACCUUUUUUUUCCUUUUGUAAGUUUAUCAUAUCUUUAUAGAAAAAAAUAUCCAAAUUCAUUUUUUGUAGAUAAAUAUAAGGAAUUCUUUUUUUUUAUGAUAUAUAAAUUUCGUGAUAAUAAUACUUUUUUUUUAUUGUUUUUUGAAAAUGUUUCUAAGAUUCUAUCAUUUGAUGAAUUAAUAAAAUAUGGGGAGUUUUUAUACAUUUUAAAUAACAUAAGAAGUAUAUUUAAUCUUUUGUAUUUUACGUAUUUUAUUCAUUUUAUACUUCUUAUUUGCCAUUUUAUAUAUAGAAUAGUAAAAUUCUUGAAAUGUAAAUUUUUAUUUUUCAAAUUAAGGCAUAAGAAAAGGGAAAAUUUAUUAGAUUAUAACGAACUGGAAAAAAUAAAAAAAUUCACUCUCUUUAAUUUUAAUUAUUUUAGUAAAAAGAAAGAAAGGAAAAAUAAGUUUUUAGAUAAAAUUGUGCUAGAGAAAAAUAGAAAAAUAAGUGAAUACAGUGAAAAAAAAUAUCACAUGGAAAAUGAAAGUGAUCUAUUUUUUAAUUGCGAAUCAAAAUUACAAAAAGACAUUGAAAUAAAAGAAAAGAAAAUUCAAUAUGAAUUUCCUUUUGUUGAUACAAAAAAAAAAAUAAAAAAAAAUAAUAAUAAUGAUAAAAAUAGAAAAGAAAAAAAAAUAGAGGUAAAACAUGAUUAUGAAAAUUAUAUGUAUCCAGUUGAAAUUAAUUAUAUGGAAAAUGGAGAAAAUAAUUAUUUUUUGAAUACUGAAGAAAAUACUUACGAAAACAUCUAUAAUGACGUGAAAAAUAAUAAGGUUGAUAGUUACAUAAAUAAAAAGGAAGAAAUUUCCUAUUGUAAGAAUAGAAAAGCAAAAAAAAAAAAUAAAAAAAAAGUAAAAAGUGAAAUUAAGUUAAAAAAAGAUAUAAUGAUCAAAACAAUAAAGAUCAUUUUAAAGGGAAAGAUUGUAAUAAUAAAAAAUGAGAAAAUAUUUAAUACAAAAGAAAUUUAUUAUUCCAAUUAUUUAUUAUCAUUAUUAUUUAUUAAUUAUAUAUUAGAUUUAAAUAUAUGUGAAGAUAAGUAUUGUAAAUCUUCCCAUUCUCUAAGUAAAUCAACAAUAUAUUCAUUAGGUGGUUCAAAUAAUUUAUCGUCUCAAAAAAAAAAAUCAAAGAGUCAUUCAAAUAGAAGAAAAAAUAAGAAAAAAAAAAUAAAUAAUCAAAAAAAAAGUCAAGAAAAAGAAAGAAAGAAAAAAGACAAUAUCAGUGGUUCUGGGUCUGGAUCUGGAUCUGGAUCUGGAUCUGAUUCUGGAUCUGAUUCUGAUUCUGAUUUCGAAUCGGAUGAUGAAGAGGAAGAAGAAGAAGAUGAAGAAGAAGAAGAGGAAGAGGAACAGAAAGAAAAAGAAAAAGAAGAUGAAGAAGAAGAAGAUGAUGAUGAAGACGAAGAUGAAGAGGAAGAUGAAGAAGAAGAAGAAGAAGAAGAAGGAGAAGAAGAAGAUGAUGAAUAUGAAGAAGAGGAAGAAGAGGAAGAAGAGGAAGAAGAAGAGGAAGAAGAGGAAGAAGAAGAAGAUGAGGAAGAUGAAGAAGAGGUAGAAGAGGAAGAGGAAGAAGAGGAAGAGGAAGAGGAAGAGGAAGAAGAGGAAGAUGAAGAAGAGGAAGAAGAAGAAGAUGAUGAAUAUGAAGAAGAGGAAGAAGAAGAAGAAGGAGAAGAAGAAGAAGAAGAAGGAGAAGAUGAUGAUGAAGAAGAGGAAGAAGAAGAAGAAGAUGAUGAAUAUGAAGAAGAGGAAGAAGAAGAAGGAGAAGAAGAAGAGGAUGAUGAAUAUGAAGAAGAGGAAGAAGAAGAAGAAGAGGAAGAGGAAGAAAAUAAAAAGAAAAAGAAAGAGGAAAAGGAAGAAGAAGAAGAUGAUGAUGAUAAUGAUGAUGAUGAUGAUAAUGAUAAUGAUGAUGAUGAUGAUGAUGAUGAUGAUGAUGAUGAUGACGAUGAUUAUGGAGAUGAGGAAGAAGAGAGUGAUGAAGAUGAAGACGAAGAUAAUGAAGACGAGGAAGAAUGUAAAAACGAAGAAGGGGAAGAUGAAGAAAAUGAAAAGGAUGACGCUGAUAUAAAUGUCUCUAAGGAUGAAGAAUGCAGUGAUGAAUAUGAAGAUUAUGAAAUGAAUAGUGAAGAUGAAGAUAUUGAUGAUGAAAAUAUGGAAGAAAAUGUGGUGGAUGAUGAUGAGGAAGAAUGUGAUUACGAAAAUGAAGAAGGAGAAUAUGAAGAAGAAACAGAAGAAUUAAGUAACAAAAGUGAAUAUAAAUAUAACGAAAAGGAAGAAGAGAAAGGUUUAGAUAAUAAAAAUAAAAAGAGAAAAAAAAAAAAAAAAAGAAGUAGAGACGAAUAUGCUUAUGAAGAUAAUGAUCCAGGAGGACAAAAAUCAUAUAAAGAGGAUAAUUAUUAUAAUGGAAAAAAAAAUAUAUAUCUUAAAAAAAAAAAAAAAAAAUUUAAACAUAAUUAUAUAUAUUUAAAAAAUUUAUUUAAAGGAAAUGUAUACAUAAAUACAUUAAAUGCUUCAAACUUCAUAUCUGUUAGUAAAGAUAAGUUAACAGCUACUUACACUGCAUGGGGAAAACAUACAGAUGUUGCAUGUGUUCAAGUUAAUAAAUGUGCUUUAAGAGAUUGUAGUAUAUAUUAUUUUGAAGUUGAAGUUUUAAAUUGUACAAAUUUUUCAAAAAUUGUUAUUGGAAUGACAAGUAAAAAUUAUUCUAUUAACAAAAAUCCUGGUUCGGAAUAUAAUUCAUUUGGAUAUAAGAAUGAUGAUGGAAAAAAAAUUAUUGAUGGAAAAAUUGAAAACUAUUGUAGUGCAUACACAAAACAUGAUAUCAUUGGGUGUGGUAUUAAUUAUUUUGAUAAUAGUGCCUUUUUUACAAAAAACGGAAAAUAUUUAGGUAAAGUAUGUAAUAUAAACUCUAAAUAUGAUUAUUAUGCUACUGUUGGUUUGAGUACAUUAGGAGAUAAAAUUAAAUUUCAUCUAAAUAGUUUUUGUUUUGAUAUUUAUAAUUUAAUUUAUGAAGAAAAUGAAAAAGAAAGAAAAGUAAUAAAAUCCAUCUACAUUCAAAAAGAUUUGUUUUCAGAUAUUAUUAAGUCUCAUUUAAUAAAAUGUGGUUACUUAAAAACAUACAAAUGUUUUGUAAAUUAUUUAGAAAAAAAUAAAUUAUCUGAUGAUAAUAAUAGUAUCGGAAGUUCGUCAGAUUAUAAAAAUGAAUUAGAUAAAAAUUUUACCACAGAUAUAAAUUCUAAAUUUUUAGAAAAAAAGUCAUGUUUUUCAUCAAACGAUAAAACUAAAAAAGAGGAUAGAGAUAAGAAAAAAGAAAUAAAUGAAGCCGAUAAAAAUAUUACAAAAAACACAGAUUCUAACGCGUUUUAUGCUUGUGAAGAUAUGAAAAGAAAAAAUGUAAUAAGUACUGAUAUAAAGGAAAGUAAUGAUAACAAUAAUUCUAAAUUAAAAAAAAUAAUUUCUAAUAAAGAAGAUAAUGUUAUAAGCUUAGAAAAAUGCGAAAAAGAAGAAAAAAAGGAAGUAAUUGAUUCUCCUUUAAAAAAUAAUAAUAGUAUGAAUGAAACAAUAGAAGAUGCAGAAAAAAAAAACACAAACUUUCUUAAUUUUGAUAAAAUUACAAUGGAAAAUAAUAAAGACGAUAAAAAUUUAUUAAAUUCUUUUUUAAUUAAUUAUUUGGAUGUAUAUGAUAAAUUAAAUAAAGAUAACAGUACAAAUGUGAAGAAAGAAGAAUGUAAUAAUAAAAAUGAUGAAAUAAAAGACUAUAUAAAAAUUAGUUCUGCAACUAAUUCCUCAUGUAACAUAAAGAAAAUAGAUGAAAAAAAUGAGGAACUAAAAAUUGAUAAAGUAAAAUCGGAUUUUAAUGAAAAAAAAAAGGAUAAUCAUAUGGAAGAAAAAAAAUGUCUUAAGGUAAUAAAGGAGGGAAUAAAAGAUUUAAGUAUAGAAGAUAAUUCAAAAGAAAAAAAAAAUAUAAGUGAUGAAAAAUUGAAGAUAAAAGAAGAGUUAGAAAGUGAAGACAGAAAUGAUGCAAAUAUUGCAAAAGAUGAACAUUAUAUAAAUGAUGAAAAAGAUAUAAAAGAUGAAAGUAAUAUAAAAAAUAAAAAAGAGAUACAAGAAAAAGAUACUAAUAAUGAAAAAGAUAAAAACAAAAAAGAAGAAAAAAAAAAUGUAGAAGAUACAGAAAAAAAUGUAUAUGAUGAAAAUUCUUCUAAUAUUUUAAAAAGAUAUGAUCUUAUCCAAUACAACUACUCUAAUAUUAAUCUACAGAAUUCAUUAUGGGGAUCUAGAAAAAAUAGUUUAAGUAAUUUAAUCAAUUUGAGGAAAAAUUCUAGUUCUAUAUUAAUGAAUAGAUUAAGAAAUAAAAGAAGUUUAACAGCAAAAAAUGAUUAUAGUGAUUUAACAUAUAGUAUUAUUAACACAAAAAAGGAGUCAAAAAAAAGUGAUAAUGAUUCCAAUAAAAAAAUACAGUAUAUUCCUAAGGAAAAAACUAGCAUAUUUAAAAAUGAGAAAAAAAAAUUAAACAAAAAGAUUGGAAAAAAUUAUUCCAUAGAUAAUGAAUUUAUUACAAAAUAUUUUGUGAAUUUAUAUUUAUCUGAUGAUAAACUAAAUAAAAUGAUAGACUCCUUAGAAACAAGAUAUAUGAUAAGGAAUAGCAUUAUUAAUGGAAAUAUUAUAAAUGCUUUAAAUAUAUUAGAAAAGAAAUAUUCAGAAUUAUUUACAAAAGAAAAUGCUAGCUUCAGUAUUGCUAUGUUAUAUACGCAACAAUUAAUAGAAAUCCUAAAACCACAUAAAAAAUUUAUAAAAAAAAUUUCUUCAAAAAAAAGGUGUAAAAAAUUAAUACAUAGUGAAGAUGAUUUAUUAAGUGAUAGUAGCUAUAAAACAUAUAAUACAUUAAGUGAUAAUCACUAUUAUGAUGAUAUUAAAACGGAAUAUAAUUCAUCUGAUAGCUUAUUUUGUGAUAACUCAAAUGUUGAGAAAAAUAAUUUUAAGACACUUAAAUUAGAAGAAUUAUAUAAGAGAGAUAAGCAUAAAAUAGAUGAUAAAAUGGAAAAAACUAAUAAAUAUUGUAGUGACAAAAAGAGUUUUAAAAAUAAUAAAGUAAUAAAUAACUCAUUAACCACUUAUUUAGAAGAUGUUAAAUCCAUAUCUUUGGAUACUUGUGAAUCAAAAGGAAAAGUUACCAAUAAAAAUAAUGAAAAUGUUUUAACACAAAAUGAUAAAAUAGUUUAUCAAAAAGAAGACACAAGUGAAAAUACGAAAACAAAUCUAGAUAAAUAUGAUAAUGAUAUUUCAUUAAAGAAAAAAGAAUUAAAGAUUGAAAAAAUAAUAUAUGAAAAUAUUAAUUCCAAUUUCGAUGAAGAAUUUUUAAAAAAAAAUAAUUUGCAAGAAGAAUAUAAUACUCAUUAUAAUAAAUUACGUGAACAAUAUAAAUUUUUUAAUGAUGACAAUCCUUAUAAUAAUAAAUUCAAUAAUAAAAUUUAUAAAAAUACAUAUAAAGAAGAAAAAAAUAUUUUUUCAGAUUCAAAUGGAGAUAACAUUUCAGAUUAUGAUAGUAAUGAUUCUAACUUUAAAGAAAAAUAUUAUGAAUAUAAUGACAUCAAUUUUGAUGAAAUAUAUCAAUAUCUAUAUAAGAAUGAAGUUUUUCCCUCUAAUCAAUUAAAAUAUAAAAAAGAUCACUUAUAUUUAGCUUUAAUGUGGAUAAAAGAGAAACUAUCUUUAUUUAACAAAUCAAAACUAGCUAAUGUUAGACAAUGUAUAUUAGAUACUACUUCUCUAAUUGCAUAUAAUAAACCAUAUAAAGAGAAACAUGUUUGUAUGUUUUUUUCAAAAAAUAGAAAUUUAUUAACGUAUAAUUCUGUCAAUGAAGCAAUAUUAAGUAUAUGUUUAAAUGUUCCUGUAUAUUCUCCUUUAGAAAUAAUAGUUAAACAUUUAAUUUUAUGUAGAAAUUUGUUGCGAGAAAAAAAAGGAAAUGUAGGUAUAAAGUAUGACUGUUGUUAUGUUUGCCAACCAUAUAAAAGAUACAUUAUAAAAAUUAAACAUCGCAAAAUAAAGAGAAGGUAUUUUAAAGAAAAUACAAAAUUACAUAAUGAAAAAUGCCCUUUAAAUGGAAAAUUUUCUGAAGAUAAGAGAUUAUCUAUUUUUCAAUAA